UCAUCUUUACUUGUUUUAAAGUAAACACUACUGGCCAGUCAUUAGUGGCCAGUAGUGCCACCCAUUGCCAAAACUAACUCAGCCCCAUGAGCUGCCCGAGGCCUUUACUAGACAGAAUAGGAAAAGCCAUUCUGUAAUCUCUUUAAAACACUCCCUUCUUUUUCCUCCUCCCUUGUCUUUCUCUCCUCCUCGCCGAGUCUUGCUCAGACCUUCACAUGCAAAAUAAAGCUGUGUGGCGCUUGAACUCUUUGCUCAGCUAUGCAGUAGUGAAGAGGAUUAACUCAAGCCAAGCGCCAGUUUUGGCAUUUCAUCCAUCCCUUGGCAGACGGAGAGAGACUACCAAAAGCUACCUCUUUGCCUCUCUUCAUCUAAAUCUCCUCUUUACUCCCUUCCUGUUCUCUUUUUCUCCUUCUGUCCUUUACCCCCCUCAUUUUCAAUUAUGACUCUGUUAUCAGAAGAUCAGUCUGUGAGGCCCCAACCCUGCCGGAUCUCUGAGCCUGGCAAACACAUCAGCACUUCUCUGCACCAGGACUCAACAGACUGCAAUGGCAGCAAUGUGGACUACGUAGACAGUGUGGAAGACUCUGUCUUUGGAGCUGUGGAGCCUCACAGGCGCUCUCGGGGGCGCCUUAUUCUCCACGGCCUGGUCAUGUUUGGAAGGGAAUUCUGCUAUGCCGUGGAGGCAGCUUUUGUCACGCCGGUGCUCCUGAGUGUGGGCCUGCCCCAGAGUCUGUACAGCUUGGUGUGGUUGAUCAGCCCCAUCCUGGGCUUCCUGCUCCAGCCCAUCAUCGGUUCAGCCAGCGACUAUUGCCGCUCGCCGUGGGGCCGGCGGAGGCCUUACAUCCUGGCACUGGGCAUCCUCAUGCUUGUGGGAAUCACCCUGUUCCUUAAUGGAGAUGCUGUCAUCUCAGCACUCGUCAGAGAUAGGUCUCUGAAAAGCAUAUGGGCCAUCGUGGUGGUGAUGUUUGGAGUCGUGCUGUUUGACUUUGCUGCAGACUUCAUCGAUGGACCCAUCAAGGCCUACCUGUUUGAUGUAUGUUCACAUGAAGACAAGGAAAGAGGUUUACACUACCAUGCUCUCCUCACAGGCCUGGGCGGAGCAUGUGGUUACCUGGUGGGAGCUAUGGACUGGGGUCACUCCGCGUUGGGCCGUCUCUUUGGAUCCGAGUACCAGGUCAUCUAUUUCUUCUCAGCGCUGACCUGGGGCAUCUUCCUCACUGUGCACCUCUUCAGUAUUCCAGAGCAACCUCUGGGCAAGGCACCAUCUCCAUCUGAUUCACCAUCCAGCCCUCUUCGCCUGCUGAGCUCUCAUAGCAAUAGUUAUGGAGCACUUAAGGAGCCUGUCUCUGCUGUAGUCUCUCCAUCUGUCACAGAUCUCAGGCCCAGAUCUUUCUCAGCCCUGGGAGAAGCCAAUUCAGUGACCUCAAGUGUCAAACAGCCAAACAAAGAGGACCAGAAGAAGAUGACGUUCAGGUUGCUGAUAAAAGCUAUUGUCAAUAUGCCAAGUCACUACCGCUGCCUGUGUGUCAGCCACCUGCUGGGAUGGACAGCGUUCCUCUGCAAUAUGCUUUUCUUUACCGAUUUCAUGGGACAGAUUGUGUAUAAGGGGAAUCCGUACGCCGAUCACAACUCUACCGCCUAUGCCACAUAUGAGAGGGGAGUAGAAGUUGGCUGCUGGGGAUUGUGCAUUAAUGCAGUGUCCUCUGCUCUCUACUCAUAUGUGCAGCGCUUCCUCCUCUCAUACAUCGGGCUGAAGGGAUUAUAUUUUAUGGGCUACCUUGUGUUUGGAUUGGGCACCAGCCUGAUUGGCCUUUUCCCCAACAUCAUAGCAACGCUCGUCCUCUGCAGUGUGUUUGGUGUCAUGUCGAGCACACUCUACACCAUCCCAUUCAACCUGAUAGCAGAGUAUCAACGUGAGGAGGAGCAACAACUGAAGCUGCACGGAAGCAAUAAAAGUCCUCGAGGUUCGGGAAUGGACUGUGCCGCCCUCACUUGCAUGGUCCAGUUGGCUCAGAUCAUCGUGGGCGUGGGGCUCGGUGCUCUGGUCAACGCGGCAGGAAGUGUGAUCGUGGUGGUCCUCUCGGCUUCGACCAUGUCUCUGCUCGGCUGCAUCUUCAUUGUCCUCUUCAUCAGAUAUGUGGAAUGAAUGAUUCUGCUCAAAUACAAAUUUUAAUGAUAUUGUUUUAAAUAAACAAUGAUUGC